CUCUCCCACCCACGAGCCGAACUGUGAGGUCCGCAAAAGAGUGGCGAGAGAAGCAGUAGGGGAAACAGCAAUGGCGCCGAUCCCGCCGAUACUCGUACGCAUUGCGGCGACGUUCCUGACGCAGAUCCUGACGCGCAGAUUGCAGCAGUCGCCCCUGUUCUUUCGGAUGGUGGACCGAAUGCUGCACGAGGCAGACCACUUUCAGAGCCACCGGCUGCAGGGCAAGCCCGUGCCACCAUAUAUAAGCCGAGAUCCACAGGAACCGACGGUGCGAGAGAUGGCAGAGGAUGCGUGGAAGCGAAGAGUCGAUGAUCCGGGGGAGCCUCACGACGAACCGAAUCCCUUUGCCACUCCGUCGUCUUCCGCUUCGAGCUCACCUGCUUCCAAUAUGCGGGCAUCCUCAUCGUCGUUGGACGAGGACGCUCAACGGCAACGAGCCCGGGACAGCUUCAGGGCCGCGCAGGCCAAUGCUGAGCGAGCUCGUCAAGCCAGACGAGAAGAGGACGAGGGCUCAAAGCGGGACGGGAAGCGAGACGAGAUGCGAGAUCUUCUUGACAAGAUCCGCCGACAGCAACAGCAGUGACAAUGUCCCCAUUGAUGCGGGCUUAUUUCGAACUUCCUUUCUUGGUUUCACCUCCCCUCAAUCUGUAAUUGUUGUGUAGACCAG